GUUCCCUCGCUGUUCGCACGAGUUGGAUGCUGAUGAAGCUGCUUCUACACCCGAAGCUCAUCAUCAUGAAGUCAACAUAGAGAGCAGGAUCUAAAGCUGCAGCUGGACGGACGUCUGCAGGGUGCCUGAAUAUGCACGCUUGAAUCUAGCUGAAAAUGCAGGGGGCCAUUGCACGAGUGUGCGUGGUGGUGGCCGCCGCCAUACUGAACCACCCGCUGCUCUUCCCUCGAGAGAACACUACGCUCCUGGAGCAGGACGAGGAGUUGAUGGCUCGCAUGCGGGCACACGAGGAGAGGCAGGAAAUAGAGCAGGCCAGGCUGGAGAGAGAGCUCUCACAGCAGGAAUCCCAGCAGGAGGAGACCAGCGCAGAGGGAGGCUACUGUUGGUACUUCUGGAGCACCGUGUCGUUCAUCAUCUUCUUCACUAUCGAGAUGUGCCGGGGGGAUCUCGCUGACACGGAAAUCCGUCCGUCUGAGGAUGAGGACAUAUUUUCAGAGACUGGAGCCAUCACCCCCAGGACCAUGGUGCUGGAUAAAGAUAUCCUGAGAAACUUCUGUGACAAAUGCACCCACAGUUCAGCCCAUGAAAACUGGAGGGUGAGGGAGUUUGUCGAGGGUUUUGCCGACGAUUUACUGGAAUCGCUCAGGAGUGCGUGCGACAGAGAGGCAGACAUGGAAGUCUGGGACUUUGUUGGGAUUGGGAGCAUGUUCGAGUCUUGGAAGGUGUGCAAGCCUCUAACCUGCGACCUGAUAGUGCCUUUCUCCCCACCAGACCCGUACUCCUUCCAGUUCGAUCUGUGGUGCAGCCCCAGCAGUGACAUACCUCCAGACAUGCAGGGCUGUGGCAAGAUAAAGGUGAGCAGGUUUGGCGAGGGCGAGGACGGCUGCCUCUGUGGCUCCGCUAACCUCGGAGAGGACAUGCUCUGCCUGCUGCACGGCAAGAACGAAGCCAUCCAGGUGCACCGCUCUCCUGAUGAGCUGCUGUGCUCCAGGAACACGCCUUUCUUAGCCAAAGAUCAGGUCAUGAAGUGGUUUCAGAUCUCUGUCACCAAAGCCUGGGGACGCAUCUCUCACAAAUAUGACUUCGAGGUCACUUUUCGCAACUUGGACGCCGCCGGUGCUCUGAAGAUCCGAUUUCGUUCAGGGAAGGUCAUCGUCCUGAAUAUCAUACCGGUGGUACAGCUUGGGGAUUCGGAUGCUUACUUUGUCUCACACUUUCCGUCAGAUUGCGACAGUUCUCCCGACCCGCUCUGGCCCCUCUCUUUCGCUGUUUACGAGAGGAACUUGCUGAAACUUUUCACCAAACGCCUUCCACAAAAUUCCUGUCACUUGCACUGUCUUCAGAUUGUCACGUUCCUGCACAGAAAGCAGACGGGCCUCACGGGGAAGAGCGCCCUUACGAACUACCACUUGAAGACCGCCCUGUUGCACUUGUUGCUGAGCAAGAGGCCCUCUGCGUGGGGCAUGGUUAGCAUGGAGCACAGGCUUCGGGACGUGCUCGGGCUCUUGCAGAGGAGCCUGCAGGAGAAGAGACUUCACCACGUUCUCAUCGGGAACAGUAGAGUGCCGGAGGACGUCCGGCUUCCUGAGAUCAUUCAAAAAGCGCAGCCCCUCAAUCUGUUUCGGUCUUUGGUGCUGCAGACGGAGCUGUACGCUGCAACAGUCAGACAUUUUCACGAGAUGUUGAGAAAUGCACCUGCGCUCAUACAAGAAUACACACCUCACUUGUCAAACGGAGGUGUACACCACAGACUCGAUGACAGUUUGAGAGCUCCGGUCACGUUCGGAGUCUGAAUUAUUUCUAAGCGGGUCUUUAAAUAUCCCUCUGUGUAACCAAAGGUGAUGUUUCGAAUAGAAGGGUGAACACACAACAAUUAUUUUAAGUUGUGUUUGAGCUGCUUUAAUUGUCACAUUAACCAGUGUAUUGAGAAUACAGCGCCAAACUAAAACAUAUACUUUAUAUGCAGUGGGUUUUGCUGCAUAUAAAACAGUCUAAUAUACUGUAUUUUUUAAGAUAAUUCAGUAGUUCUGUUGUUAAACCUAAAAAUUAUAAUUUUACAAGUAUACCCACAAGAGGUUUGGGGUGUGAAUCUUUCUAUGCCAGAAGAGGAGAAACGUCUGGACUCUGUUGAUGCUCACACAAACUUUAUAUUACAUCCCAGGUAGGUUCCUACCUCGGGUGGAGGUCAAAUUAAAUGAAGUUUGUGGAAGCAUCAAAUGGUGUGUGGACAUUUCUUCUCUUUUGGUUUUCAUCACUUCAGUCCUACACCUGGUGUUGAUCAAGUUGUGGGCCUGCUUUUGUAUUCUCUCCCUAUUUCUUUCUCUGCCCCUUUUUAAAAAAACUCAUUCAAGAGGAAAAAUCUUUUUAGAAACGUAACAAUUUUAACAAAUACCUCAAAUAUUGUGCAUAUCUAAAUGGAAAUAUUUACUGUUUAUUACAGCAGUGUUUUUGCUUUCAUUCUCUCACAAAUCUUAAGGCAGCUAAUAAUUUCCGCUUUUGCUUAUUGUAAAGAAAAGCUUUAUUUGCCUGUUCUACUAGGUCAAUGUCAAAGCGUUGAUGGAGCCUCGGUUUAUUAAAAGGGAACACGCGUAUCAGGAAAACAUGUUUUCUAUUUAUUGUAACACAAAAACACAGACUCAGUCAUAUCAUUGAUCAAUUUAUUAGAAAAAAAGUGCCAAAUAGUGAGAUUGGUCAUUGAAAACAUCUGGAGUCAUACAAUGACUGCACCUCAUUCCCAUUAUAGUGAUUAGAUUUUUUAAAAACAGAACAAAUUUCUCUUCAAAUUUAUCCCUGAAAACUCACCAUGUUUCUGAUUACAAAGUCACACAUGACUCCAAUAAACAUGAAUGUAAAAGGAC